UGCCCUGCAGUCUUUGCUGCCACUGUUUUCGCUUCUUUCUCCUCCUCUUCCUGCCGCUGUCUAUCUGUCCAGUCUGGGAAUGUUGACCAACGUGGCCUGAUCCAGCGCUGUCCAGUGUCCCUUCAUCUUCAGACUGCUACGUUUUUGUCUCUGAGGGUCUUAGCCUGCCUGUACUGAUCUGGCUGUGAGGUUCUACUCUGUCCAUCUUACAUUGAAUCUGAUCCAACCAGACGAAUUGUCCGAAAGAUUUGAAACACACAAACCAUGGCUGUGGCCAGAUGUCCGGAUUAUUUCCUGCAUCAUCCAAAUUAUCAGCAGGACAAGAUAGACCGGUCCUCUAAUCACAGACAGUCUGACCUCAUUCGUCCAAGCUUCCAGCAGUCAGCCAACCAGAGUUCUCCAAAUCAUCAAGAGGAUGAUGUGGACUUGGAGGCCCUGGUGAAUGACAUGAACUCUUCGCUGGAGAGCCUGUACUCCACCUGCAGUGGUCAACAGACAGAUUCAGCCCCACUACUGCACAAUGGACAGACCUCUUCUUCACACCACCAUCACGCGCAACACAACCAGCCACGGCAGCAUUCACAGGUGUUAAGCCACGCCUCCCCAGAGCCGCCUUCCUCUUCGUCUUUGCCUGCGGACCCUCCUCAUACUGGCCUCCGACGGUCACAGCCAAUGCACAUCCUCGCUGUCAGGAGGUUGCAAGAGGAGGAGCAGCAACUAAGGACAUCAUCGCUCCCGGCCAUCCCCAACCCCUUCCCCGAGCUGUGCAGUCCAGCAAGCUCACCUGUGCUCAGUCCCGGGUCACUACCUCCUGGAGAACCUUCUUCAGGAAAAUAUAUUGUGAAGAUCUUCAGCGAGGACGGCAUGGGUAAGGUUGUCGAGAUCCCAGCUGACAUGACAGCCAGGGACCUUUGCCAGCUCCUGGUGUACAAAAGCCAUUGUGUGGAUGACAACAGCUGGGCACUUGUUGAACACCACCCACUGCUAGGACUAGAGCGAUGUCUAGAAGAUCACGAGUUGGUGGUUCAGGUCCAGGCUUCCAUGAACAGCGACAGCAGAUUCCUCUUCAGGAAGAACUAUGCCAAAUAUGAAUUCUUCAGAAACCCCCUGACAUUCUUCCCAGAGCACAUGGUUGCGUGGUGCCAGGAAACCAAUCAUAUUAUUCCACCAUCUCAGCUCCUCCAGAACUUCCUUGCAACAAACACCUGUCCAGAAAUCCAGGGUUAUCUGUACAUGAAGGACAUGGGUAGGAAGUCAUGGAAGAAAGUUUACAUGUUCCUGCGCCGCUCAGGACUUUACUGUUCUACAAAAGGAAACUCAAAGGAGCCCAGACAUUUACAGUUACUAGCAGACUUAGAGGACAGCAACGUCUUUACCGUCAUCACAGGCAAAAAGCAACACAGUGCACCCACAGACUACGAGUUCUGUAUCAAACCCAAUAAAGCCAGAGGAGAGAUGAAGGAGCUGAGGAUGCUGUGUGCAGAGGAUGAGCAGAGCCGAACCUGUUGGAUGACAGCUUUUCGACUCUUUAAGUACGGGAUUAUAUUGUACCAGAAUUAUAAGAUUCCUCAGCAAAGGAAAACCUUGCUCUCACACUUUUCAGGUCCAGUGAGGAGUGUAUCAGAGAAUUCCCUUGUGGCGAUGGAUUUCUCAGGGAGAAUAGGCAGGGUGAUUGACAACCCCGUAGAAGCUCAGAGUGCUGCCAUGGAGGAGGGACACAUGUGGAGGAAGAGGACUCAACGAAUGAACGUGUUAGGUUCCCACAGUCCACUACACCAUUCUUCAUUAAGCUCAGUCAUCCACAUAGCUCAGCUGUGGUUCUACGGCAGGAUAACCAGAGAGGAAUCCCAUCGCAUUAUUCACCAGCAGGGACAAGUUGAUGGGUUGUUUCUGCUGAGAGUGAGUCAGAGUAACCCCAAGGCAUUUGUGCUCACAUUGUGCCAUCACCAGAAAAUCAAACAUUUCCAGAUACUACCGUGUGAAGAGGAUGGCCAAGUCUUCUUCAGCCUUGAUGACGGCGUAACCAAAUUUACAGACCUGAUUCAGCUGGUGGAGUUCUAUCAGCUCAACAGAGGAGUUCUGCCUUGUAAACUCAAACACCCAUGCACCGUCGUGGCCUUAUGACAUCAUCUGAUCAUCUGACCCCAUGACCUUUGACACUUGACCUGACUCUGCCUAAAA